AUGAAGUCACUCCAAAUAUGGGACUAUCCCACCAUCAGAAAUUUCCUCCUAGACCUCCUUAUUCUUCUGCCACUUAUCAUAAGUCGUGGGUUCAUGCCUAUUCUUGUCACCACCCAUUCUGUUUCUCAGGCAGUAGAGAAUGAUAAUCUAACUGGAUUGAUGGGUGCAAAAGGAAUAACAGACAGAAUAAACACCAAAGGAGCUUGUGGGCCUGUGACGAAUCCUAACAUGGAUGGAAAAUCCUUAGUUGCUGUUGUUUGCAUUGUAGUGAUGGUGCUGAGUGCAAACCAAUCGCACUCAAGGAGGGUGGUGAGAUGUCGUGGUUCGAGAUUAGCCAGGUGUAAUGGACAGAGACUACAAUGUCCCCAACAGUGCCCAGAUACCUGUCAGAUGGACUGCGAAACCUGCAAGGCCGUGUGCAGCUGUGAUAAGCCAGGAGGCGUAUGCCAGGAUCCUCGCUUCAUCGGAGGAGAUGGCAUCAUGUUCUAUUUUCACGGUAAGAAAGAGCAGGACUUUUGUUUGGUGUCAGACUCAGACCUGCACAUCAAUGCGCACUUCAUGGGAAAGAGAGGAGUGGGCAUGGGAAGAGACUUCACGUGGGUGCAGUCCAUCGGAUUGCUCUUCCAUGGAACUCAUCGGCUUUUCCUUGGGGCCAAAAAGGUCGCCACAUGGAACGAUUCCAUCGACCAGCUAGGGAUAGCUCUGGAUGGAAAAUCCAUAACACUUCCCCAAGAGGAGGGCGCUUCUCUCUCUGUCUCUCCAUUAAAAAUGAAUAUCACUCGCCUCCACCCUAACAAUGAGGUGAUUGUUGAAGUGGAGGACAAGUUUAAGAUCACAGCACACGUUGUGCCCAUCACUCCAGAGGAAUCUCGGAUCCACAACUACGGAAUUACCUCUGACGAUUGCUUUGCGCAUCUGGAGCUCAGCUUCAAGUUCUAUUCCCUUAGCCCCCAUGUGAGCGGAGUUCUUGGACAGACAUACGCAGCAGACUACACAAGCCCCAUCAAUUUGGGCCUGACAAUGCCAGUAAUGGGAAGUGAAGCGAACUAUUUGAGUAGCAAUCUCUUCGCCGCUGACUGCAAAGUUGCUCGAUUCCGAGGAGCUGGAGAAGAAGAGAAAAACCACCAGUUCUCAAUCCUUGAUCUCAACUGUGCUGGUGAGCUAGGUGGCAGUGGCAUGGUCUGCCGCAGGUAG